GUGAUGGAGGAGAAGGGCGGAGACAGCGUCUGAGGGGAGGAGCCUAUGGGAGGACCAUGGUGAGGGAAGGAGUGGCCCAGUUUGAACCAGCAACUCUGAGCUCCUCCUCAGAUCAGGGAAGAAAAUCCAACCGUGGAUUUACUGUCAGGAUCUUCUCUGUGAUGAUUUGUCGCUCUGGAUUCUUUUACUUCCAGCACCAAUCACUUGGAAUAUAACUCCAGCAUCUCUGGAUCUCCAGCGGGAGAACUUCAGAUCAAGAACAUCCAGCGUGAGAGUAAUAUGAGGAAGCCUUUGAACAUUUGGGAUUCUGGAAUAGGACUGGGCCUCUACUGUUCUUAGACCUGGAAGCAGCAUGCAAACUCACCGGUGAGCCGCCACGGCCUGUCAAACCCCCGCCCCAGUAGCCACCGGCACCACCUGUCCUGGGGGGAACUUCAGACCCUUCCGCUCUACCCGAUAGCCAAUCACCAUGGAUUUCACGUUACCCAUAAGAAGUCAAGACAUGAUAGCUGCGUCCUGCUCCGAUCCUCUGCUGGGUCCCUGCGGCAGCAGGAGCGCUCGCGCCCACUAUCAGGGGGUCCGGAGGAAGCUGCGUCCUGGACGGGUUUUGGGCUUUGUCGUCAGCCUGGUGGCCGUCUGCACCGUCUGUUCACUGAGUGCCUUUUCGUUAGCCACGGCUGUGGCCUCUGGGCUGGAAGCGGCUGCCGAGGCCUCAGCCGAUGCCGCGGUUCCACAAAGAACUCUUCUGCAGCACCGCAACCUUUCCGCAGCCCCAGAAGACACCCCAGUGGCCAUGAAGUCCUCAGACCUGGAGCUGAACCAAGGGGAUUAUCCAACAGACUAUUUCAGCGUGGCGGACAGGCGGCAGGGCUUCGUGGUGCUUCAUAUGUUUGGAAUGCUGUACAUGUUCAUAGCCUUGGCCAUAGUCUGCGAUGAGUUCUUCGUCCCAGCACUCACUGUCAUCACGGAGAAGCUGGAGAUUUCUGACGAUGUUGCUGGAGCCACCUUCAUGGCCGCAGGGGGCUCAGCCCCAGAGCUCUUCACUUCGGUCAUUGGGGUGUUCGUCUCACACAGCAACGUCGGCAUCGGCACCAUCGUGGGGUCGGCCGUCUUCAACAUCCUGUUUGUGAUCGGGAUGUGCGCCCUGUUUUCCAAAGAGGUGCUGAACCUCACCUGGUGGCCUCUGUUCAGGGACGUCUCCUUCUACAUCAUUGGCCUGCUCAUGCUCAUCUACUUCUUUCUGGAUAAUCAAAUCACAAUGAGCGAAAGCAUCAGUCUGCUGCUGUGCUACUCCUGCUACGUGACCUUCAUGAAGUACAACGCCAAGGUCGAGUUCUUCAUCAAAAGCAAGCUGGGCAGCAACCAGGUGGAUGAGCUGGAGGCUUCCCCCAGGGUGACAGCCUCUGCAGACGAUGAGAACAAGCUAACGGCCAGGCCCAGACUGCAGAGGGAAGGCAGCUGUGCCUCCCUUCACAACUCUCUGAUGAGAAACAGCAUCUUCCAGCUCAUGAUCCACACUCUGGACCCCCUCAGCGAUGAAGGUGUGGCUCACAAAGUAUCUGGAGGGUUCAAAGAGAAGGCAUCAAUCCUUCACAAAAUGGCCAAGAAGAAGUGCAAGGACGACGGGGUCACAGCCAACGGUGUGGUGGAGAAAAACACCUCCAAUAGUUCAAACGUUGCAGUUGAAGUCACUCCACCCAUGAAUGGAGUCGCUGGAGGAGAUCAGGCUGGUGAGGAGGACGACGAUGAAGGCCAACCUUUGAGCUUGGCCUGGCCUGACACCUUCAGGAAACGGCUGACCUACCUCAUCAUCUUCCCCAUCAUCUUCCCCCUGUGGCUGACUCUGCCGGACGUCAGGCGAGAGAACGCUGAAAGGUUUUUUCCUUUCACUUUCCUCGGCUCCAUCUGUUGGAUUGCCUUCUUCUCUUACCUGAUGGUGUGGUGGGCUCACCAGGUCGGAGAAACGUUUUGGAUCACAGAGGAAAUCAUGGGUCUGACCAUCCUGGCGGCUGGGACGUCGAUCCCUGACCUCAUCACCAGCGUGAUCGUUGCUCGGAAAGGCCUCGGAGACAUGGCCGUGUCCAGCUCCGUGGGCUCCAACAUAUUUGACAUCACUGUCGGCCUGCCGUUCCCGUGGCUCCUCUUCAACAUCAUCAAUGACUUUAAGGCUGUGGAAGUGAGCAGCAAUGGCCUCUUCUGUGCCAUAGUCCUCCUCUUCCUCAUGCUGCUCUUUGUCAUCCUGUCCAUUGCAGCUUGCAAGUGGAAAAUGAGUAAAUUUCUGGGCUUCUUCAUGUUCGUGCUCUACUUUGUCUUCCUGGUCAUCAGUGUCAUGCUGGAGGACAAGAUCAUCAUGUGUCCCGUCACCAUCUGAGACUCGUAAAGGAGCAAAAACAUGUUCUUCAACACAACAUCCCACAUGGAGACGACCCACACUACUCUGUAUGCACACACAGACACACACUGAGGCUGCUGAAGCAGCUGUAGUUCUCAAACCUUUUUUAAGCAGUUCGGUCAAUCAAGAACCAGUUUUCAGGUACAAUCACAACCUGGACCUUUGAAGCAUGUUCUGACUGAAGCUGGAGAGAAUCCAUGCAUGUGUAAGGAGACCACGCAGAACGGACCCAGCUGAGAUUUGAGCCAGGGAUACUGCUAACCACUACACCACGGCGCACCCCUUCACAUGUCUUCACCAAUGGAAUAUCAAGCA